GGACUUGAAAAAAAAAAGCGCCAACCAGCACAGCAUUACCUUACUUCUUCGCUGUUUCUUAGCACUAUACUUCAAUUAUCUUUCUCUUUCUCUCUCUUCCUUCUUUAUAUUUACUCACAAAUCUCUCUCUCUCUCUCUCUCUCUCUUUCUUCUCUUCUCUUCUUGAUUAUUUUUUCAUCUGAGUUGCUAGUCUUGACAGUUCACACACAACUCUUGAGUUGUGAAUCUGCUUCGAUUGAUUUAAAAAUGGCGCCCGUUGAUCCUAAACAUGUUAAUGGUGGUGGUGGUGGAUUCUUCUCUUCCAUCGCAUCUACUAUCUCUAACUUUGGUUCUGCUAUGCACAAAUCUGUUAAUGGGUUGAUUGGAUAUGAAGGCUUGGAAAUCAUAAACCCUGAUGGGAGCUCUGAUGAUGCACUAGAGGAAGCACAUAAGGGGAGGUGGAAACAGGAGGACAGAGAUGGUUACUGGAAAAUGAUGCAGAAAUACAUAGGUUCAGAUGUCACAUCAAUGGUUACACUUCCAGUUAUUAUUUUCGAACCGAUGACUAUGUUGCAAAAAAUGGCAGAGUUAAUGGAGUAUUCCCACCUGCUUGAUGAAGCAGACAGAUGCGAGGAUCCUUACAUGAGACUGGUUUAUGCUUCAUCAUUUUUUAUAUCUGUCUACUAUGCAUACCAACGGACAUGGAAGCCUUUCAAUCCAAUUUUAGGUGAGACUUAUGAGAUGGUGAAUCAUGGAGGCAUUACGUUCAUAGCAGAACAAGUGAGCCACCAUCCACCAAUGAGUGCUGCACAUGCAGAAAGUGAUCAUUUCACAUAUGAUAUCACGUCAAAGCUGAAGACCAAAUUUCUGGGGAACUCAAUUGAUGUAUACCCUGUUGGAAGAACACGAGUAACUUUGAAGAAACAUGGUGAUGUACUAGAGUUGGUGCCCCCUCCAACCAAGGUCAACAAUCUUAUAUUUGGAAGGACUUGGGUUGAUUCACCUGGAGAGAUGGUCCUUAGUAACUUGACCACUGGUGACAAAGUUGUUCUGUAUUUUCAACCAUGCGGCUGGUUUGGAGCUGGUCGGUAUGAAGUUGAUGGCUAUGUGUAUAAUGCUGCUGAUGAACCAAAAGUUUUGAUGACUGGAAAAUGGAAUCAGUCUAUGAGCUAUCAACCUUGUGACUUGGAAGGGGAGCCAUUGCCAGACACCCAAAUGACGGAGGUGUGGAGGGUUGCUGAUGUCCCAAAAAAUGACAAAUAUGAUUACACAUAUUUUGCACACAAGAUCAACAGCUUUGACACAGCACCUAAAAAUUUACUCGCAUCAGAUUCUCGGUUGCGUCCUGAUAGAUUUGCUCUUGAAAAGGGUGAUUUGUCGAAAUCUGGUUCCGAGAAGAGCAGAUUGGAGGAGAGGCAAAGAGCUGAAAAAAGAAUGCGUGAGGCUGAUGGGCAGCAAUUUACUCCUAGAUGGUUUGAUUGUACUGGUGAAAUCACCACAACUCCUUGGGGGGAUCUGGAAGUGUACAACUACAACGGAAAAUAUACCGAGUACAGGGAAAGUGUAAAGAAUAACGAUAACAUUCAGCAGAUUGACAUUCAAACAACGGAGUUCAACCCCUGGCAAUAUGGGAAUGCGUCUGAAGAGUAGAUCAUAUUUGUUGUGGGUCUUUGCCUUCAGAAAUGUUUUUGCUCAUUGCUAAAUCAAAUGGUAAUUCUAAACACUUUUUUAUGUUCAAUGGUUGUAAAAUAGUAGUGCUACAUAACCCCAUUGUAAUUGUAAGGGUGAUAUUAUAUAUGGUUUGUAAUAUUUCAUUUAUUUAAAUUUUUUGUGGGUGCAGUAGAUCUUGUAAUUCUUGUGUAUAUGCAUAUUUUCAUCAUGAAUCGAUCUUUCUCUAA